UCGGCCGUGAACGCUGCGCAUGCAUGUCAGUGUUUGAAUGUCUGUUUGCGUGUGUUAUAUAUGCCUAUGAGUUAUUGCCCAAGAUAGUUCAGCGCUUUCAUUCGCCUCCGAGUCUGUCCCGCUGCGACAUGGCAGCGGCGGCAGCAGAAGGGCCGGAGGACUGGAGCCGGAGCGGCGGCGCACCGGGGGCUCGAACAGGUGACGGGGAACCUGAGGAGGCCGAGGAGUUCACCUGCUCGGCCUACUGCUCGGAGCUCUCCCGGCGGCAGAACCAGCAGAGGAAGGCGGGGCUGUUCUGCGACGUGACGCUGGUCUUCAGCUCCGGCGGGGUGUCUGAGGAAGAGGAGAGGGUCCAGACCUUAUCCGCCCACCGCUCCGUGUUAUCCGCGGCGUCGCAGUACUUCACGCUGCUGCUGGGGGGGCAGUUUUCAGAGUCCGUGUCCGGGCGAGUGGACCUGAAAGAAUGGAGCUCGGGACCAGACCCAGAAACAGUGGAGAGUGUCAUUCAGUUCAUGUACACAGGGGAGAUCAGGGUGACCACUGCCAGUGUGCAUGAGGUGUUGGAACUUGCUGACAGGUUCCUGUUGACGCAGCUGAAGAAUUUCUGUGCAGAGUUUCUGAUGAAGAAGGUGAGCUUGUCCAACUGUGUAGCAGUGCACAGCCUCGCCCACAUGUACACCCUGGACCAGCUGGCCAAGGGAGCCGCUGAGAUGAUUAGAAGAAACUUCCACAAAAUUAUCCGCAGCGAGGAGUUCAACACGCUGCCAUUUCACCUGCUGCGGGACUGGCUGUCAGACUCGGAAAUCACCGUGGAUUCGGAACAGGAGUUGUUCGAGGCCAUCGUAAAAUGGGUGCACCAAAGCACAGAGGAACGAGAGAAGCAUUUUGAGGAGCUGUUCAAGCUUUUAAGGCUGCCUCAGAUUGCUCCUACAUACCUGACACGGGUGGUGAGAAAGGAGCUCUUAGUGGCAAACAAUGCAACUUGUCAGCAGCUGGUGUCUGACGCUCUUGAGGUCCACGCUGUUCGUCUCGAGAGCCUCAAGUCAUCUGAUUUAGAGCCUGGUGCCUCCUACAUGGCAGCACUCCAGCCACGAUUUGGCCAGAACAUGGAUGUAAUCUUGGUAGUGGGUGGUGUUUCAGAAGGUGGAGACUAUUUGAGUGAGUGUGUGGGCUACUUUGUUGCUGAGGACCGUUGGGUCAACCUGCCACACAUUCACAACCACCUUGACGGACAUGCCAUCGCAGUCACCGACAGCCAUGUUUAUGUAGCGGGCUCCAUGGAGCCGGGCUUCGCCAAGACGGUGGAGCGCUUCAACCCCAACCUCAACACAUGGGAGCAGGUCAACAGCCUGACCACCCGCAAGCACUCCUUCGGCCUCACUUGCGUCAAAGACAUUCUCUACAGCAUUGGUGGCCAUGGCAACUUCAGUCCAGGCUUUAAGGAUGUUACUGUCUACGAGCCUGAGCAGGACCGGUGGCAAAAUCUCGAGCCAGCACCAAAGAUACUACGAGAUGUAAAAACACUGAGCGUGGACGACCGCUACGUGUACGUGAUGGCCAGGACCCCUGUAGACAUGGACAGUGAUGAUGGACUGAGCACUAUGACCACUUGCUAUGACACAGAGAGUCACAAGUGGCAGGAAGUGGACUCCCUACCGCUCAUCGAUAAUUACUGUAGUUUUCAAAUGGCUGUUGCAACCACCAACUUCUACCACACUGCUUCCUGUUGCUCCAAGAGCUACAAGGUAACGGUUGAAGCCGCUCAGCAGAAAAUAAGCAGAAACAUCUCUGACGACAUCCUCGACAGCCUUCCUCCGGAGGUCCUCGGCAUGGAGGGUGCUGCAAUUUGCUACCUGGGUGACGACAUCUUCAUCAUCGGCGGGUGGAGGAACAGCAACAACAUGGACAAGCAGUAUCGCAAGGAAGCCUACCGUUACUGUGCUGAGAGGAAGCGCUGGAUGCUGCUGCCGCCGUUACCUCAGCCACGCUGCCGAGCUGCAGCCUGCCACGUUCGCAUCCCGUACCAGUAUCUUUAUGGCUGCCAGCACUACCCCAUGCCCCAGAACCUGGCUCGCCAGCGAGACCGCAUGCAACAGAUGCAGCAGCUCCAUCGCCGCACCCUCACUCUGCGCAGACAGCUGCAGUCUCAGAUUGAAUGUUGAGAUGGAAAGCUGCACGGAUGUGACUUCCUGCACUUAAUCUGCUGAUAAUUGCCUUGUUUUCAACCACAAUUUUAUCUUGUGUUUUGCUUUUAUUGAGGGGAAAUGUCUGCAUGGGGCUGCUUCAAAAAAGAUUAAAGAUUACAAUGUUGUUGAAAAAACUAAGAUUUAGACAGGCUACUUUUUAUCAGUCUUCAUUUUGGCCUUAUCUUAUGCCUUACUUUUAUUCUGCUAGUAAAUGAUACUGUGAUUGCUGUGGCAUUUUCAGAAAAGAUUGAUGAUUUCAUUGCUUAGCAGAAAAAAAGCUCAGCUUUUAUGUGGUCCGGGUUAAGAGACUAGUGUUAGGAUUCAGUGGCAUCUAGUGGUGAAGUUGCAGAUUGCACCCAUUUGAAUACAACUCAGGCUUUUAAGCGUGUCGGAGUAAGUAUGAUGACUGCAAAACUUGCAAAAAGUCCUAUUUAGAGACAGUGAUUGGUUUGUCCGUUCGGGGUUACUGUAGAAACAUGUUGGUUCAACAUGGCUUCCUCCAUGGAGAAGACGCGCUCCCUCUGUAGAUAGAAGCGGCUUAUUCUAAGGUAACCAAAUCACAAUUUUCGUUUUCAGGUGAUUAUACACUAAUAAAAAUAUAGUUAUGGGUCUUACAUUCCAUUUCUGCUAAUAUAUGCUCCUACCUAUUACUCACUGGACCGUUUAGCAACUACUGUAAAUGAUGAUAAAUAAAACAAUGACAGUUCAGUGACACUUUUCUGUGAAAUUGUUGAGUUGGUUGAAGUGUCAAGAUGUAAACUUAGCAAAGUAAAUGAUGUCUACAUUAAUUGUGAUGUAAGAAAACGACAAACUGUCGGUGUGGGGAUAAAAAGUCAGCUUCAACUUUUUACUCCUCUCUACUAUAAUUUCUCUUCUACCUCCUAUUUCCAUCUUGGUUUUGCCUUUUUUGCACUGUAGGGAUUGUUGAUCGUAUAUAGUGUGUGUGUGGUGUGUGCCCUACUUGAAGUAGACAAUCGUUUAUCAUAAUUUUGGGAGCAAGAAAGGUAUUGAGUAAAGCACAUAUUGGGGAACAGGGUGUUCAGCCUGCUUAAUACACUAAAAUAUGUGCACUAAAACAGUUUUUACAGAUUGUAUAGUACCUUUUUUGCCAUUCCAGUAAUGUCCUAUUUCUUUUAUUUAAUUUGAUUUCCCAGUUUGUUGCAUAGCUUGAAGGACCAAAUACCAGGAGUCAUUUUUGACGGUCACAAAAAAAGCUCUAUUUCUUUUAUAGAUUUGGUUUGUUGGGUUUUAGUGGACUUGUUUGGUUUGUUCUGCCUUUGUGCUUCUGGCAGAAUUUGUGUUGCCUCUUUCUUUAUCUCUGUGAAUUAGAGCUCAUGUUCACAUGUGCACACUCCACUGUGGAAAGACUAUGAAAACACAUUAAACCAGGAGGCUAAAUGUCCCCAGUUGUGCCAAAAAAUCCUAACUGCCCCUUAAUACAGUUGAAAUAAUUGUAUUUCCUGCACUAAAGGACCUUGAAUGUUAACUUGAACAUUGUACAGUGUUGUGUGGACCAGUUACUGAGCUCCCUGUUAAUAUUUAAUGCCUGUGAUAUCCCCAGCCAAGCUGUUUAUAAAUAUGAUCGAAUUAAGAUUUCUGAGCCUGCCACGUUUCCACUGUACAUAUUGUGGACAGUAUUAAUUGAUUAAUCAAAUUCAUUUGAUCCGUUUUAUGUGGAGUUUUUGAAUUUUCAAGAAUUAGUUUCAAGACACACAACCACAGGAUUACUGCAAAAUGCAAUAGAGCAGACAUAUCCAUAUUUUAGUGAUUAGCUGUGGUAUAUCAAUAUCAGAUUUGAGGCUGAGUUUGAAAUUCAGGUUUUUUGUCCACUUUGAACACUGGAGAUGGUGAUUUUUCCAGUACCAUAUGUACAGAUUUCAUGCAACCACAUGCACUGUGUUACAUAUUGUGUCAUUUCAUUUGUAUGUGCAAGAGCUGCAAGUGUACAGACAUGUGCAAUAAACAAUCAAACCAUCAUAA